AAAAUGUCUUAAUAAAUAAAUUUUAUCAUCAUUCAAGGAAGAGAAUUGCUUUAAACUAUGACUUCGUUAACCUUCCUGACACGUAAUUAAUUGCACAACUGUCGUAAAAAGUGGUUAAAUAGUUUCUCAUUAAGAAAAAGCUGAACCUUGAAUCUAGGAUUAAUCGAAAACCGAAAGGCAAAAGUUGAAAUUAGUAGAUUGAAUAGACUUUUCGUUAAGAGAUAGAUCUGUUUGUUUUCAAUUAAUUCAUCCACCCUCGCCCGCAUUCAGCGACUGUAUGCGUAAGUAUGUCUUACAGACAAAAAGAGUCUACGUGUUCUCGAACGAAGAGAAGAUGAGUAAUUCUUUUUAUACUGUUUAAAUAUUGUCUGCUCACAAACAACCCUUUAGCUACUUGCUUCUGCUCCAUUCUACAUAAUGACUGUAAGCUUUUUUUUCAUUAAUUUCUCUACAAUAAUCGGUGCUUAUAUAAGAGCAGCAAUAUCUGUAUAAAACCAUAAGCACACAUAUUUUAUAACUGUUACAUAUACUCGUAUUUCUGCGCCUAUUGACACCAGCCAUAUGAAUAAUAUUAAAAUUGUGGUUUACUUUGUGUGUAUCUUAGUAUUUCUGGCCGAAGAUUGUCAUGCGAUAAAAGGGAAAAAAAUACAGCAAGCUGGGAAUAAACGUGGUUGCCUUAGUCUUGGCGCUGUUUGUAAUAGCCAUACCGACUGUUGUGGUCAUGAUGAUCCUGAAAGCGGUCAUUGUGUUCUUUGCACUGGUAUUCUUCCGGGACUUUUUGGUGUUGGCAGUCGUACGUGUGGUUGUAGUAAAUUUUCUGUUGCUGGCAGUCGUGACACCGGUACUUUGACUGAUAUUUGCGAUGGUAAAGAUCGGACUGGUAGUCGUGUUUGUCGUACACGUGUUGCUCCUCCUGGUCAUAUGUAUUAUCGUGGCGAUGAUUACUAUUAUGGUCGUGGGAAAAAAACUUAG